AUGAAACAUGUGAGCAUUUUACAUGCCUUGUACUCGAAAACCACAGGCCGCGUCAUGGUCUACGGUCACUUAUCGGAUAUCUUUCUCACAAGUGAUGUUCGUCAGGGUACCCGAUUUCUAACUUUAUUCAGCUUCUUCCUGGAGUGUACCUUGGGAGAACCUGCCGGUGCAGGCCUUGAGGUGCUGCCUGGUGAAACGGUAAAUGAUUUUGAGUAUACGGAGUGGCAUGCGCCUCGCAUCUUCAAAGUGCAAAAUGUUUCUGGAGGUUGCUGUUCAACGACAAAC